AUGACGGUGGAAGGUUGUAGGGUUGAGCUUGAUGAAGACAAAGACGAAGUAUUGAAGAAAUAUCGCGCCGGCGUUGAAAGCUCCCUUGCAAAAGCCGACCUGUCGAAGUCAUCGGACAUGACCGUCCUGCAAGCCUUUCUCAUAUACAUUGCCUGUAGUCGGUUUUGUGAUAAAGGAUCAGACAUUAGAAUGUUUUUGGGGAAUGCAAUUGGAAUUGCCCUCAAAAUGGGCCUGCAUCGCGAUGCAUUCGCUUCAAGACUACCACCCUUUGAAGUCGAGAUGCGGCGUCGACUCUGGUGGCAGAUCUAUAUUCUCGAUAUUAGUACCGCAGAGGAAAGUGGCACAACUCCGCGUAUACUAGAGUCAUGGUUCGACACAAAACUCCCAUCGAACGUGAACGAUGCAAGUCUCGACCCUGAUAUGAAAGAGCCGCCUCGGAACUGCAGCGGGAAAACAGAGAUGAUGUUGAGUCUCACAAGAUCUGAGAUCAGCACUUUUGCUCGCAAGAUUAUCUUCUCCGACCAGUUCUGUGAAGAGAAUUGUUACCCGGUUUUAUCAACUCCAGAGAAAUCCACCGCGAUUGAUCUCACCAAAGAGAAAGUCGAACAGCAAUACUUAUUGCACCUAGAUCCAAGUAUCGCACUAGACUAUUUUACAAUUAUCUCCAGCAAUUUGAUACUCGCAAAGCUCAAACUAGCAGUGAUCAAACCCCGGGCGAGACAAGACCAAUCUAUACUCACCCAUGUGAGCUUCCGAAAGGUUUGCACGGAGAUUCUGCAGAGAAUUGCGGUUUUGAAGCGCUACAAAAAAGGCAAACAAUGGCUUUGGAGUCUCCCAGACCAUAAUGAGUGGGAUGCCUUGACAUGUCUGCUCAUUAAUCUUUCCCUGGAUCCAAAAGGUGAUGUGUUGGACUCGGCAUGGCACGCGGUCAAUGAGACAUACGAUUACUUGAGGACGGACGAAUAUGUCAGACGUGACUAUCGCUGGGAGAAUAUUGAGGAACUCCGCACGAAGGCGCUGUUUUCUCGGGAUAUGAUACGAAUUAAUCCAUCCCAAUGGGGUGCAUCACCAGAUGACGACAGCGGCUUCGAAGAACCACACACCAUGGGUACAGAAUCAUAUCAGCAGCUUGGUAUGGGAACCUUGAAGCGCCAGAGAGAGGAUGAUAUUAUUUCUUCCCGUUCUUCCCUAGGCGAGCUGGAGCCCAGAGUCCCGAACUCUCGUUCUGAGAUGCCGAGCGUGCAAUCAGAAGCCCAAGAACAUAUUCCCCGUAUGUGGGCGUUGGCGAACGCUGCCGCGGCUGCCCCGGCCGCUAUAGACAAUUCAUCUCACAUAGAACCAGCCAGUGAGCCUACAGACAUACCAAGCUCAGGCACUGGGUGUCAGUGGAGUGCGACUCUCUUCGAGCGAUACUUUCAGGUCUUAGGCUCUGAGCAAACAUCACCGUUAUGA